AUGGAGCUCACCGAGCGCUCCAGUGCGGCGCUGGACAUCGAGCAGUCCGUCCCGCUGACGAGCGAGAUCGCCUGGACGGACCUGCCCGCGCUGCCGCGGCCGGCGUCGCGGCAGCGCACGGAGUGCCGCAUGGGGUGCGGCAUCGUGCUGACGGUGGUCGCGACGUGCAUCAUCGCGACGCACGGCGGCGUGCGCACGCUCGAGUGCGCGUCGCGGCGCUGGGACUGGCUGCUCUACGUCGUCUACGCCGAGGCCGCCGUCGCGCUGCUGUGCCUCGCGGGCCUCGUGUUCGACGACCCGGGCACGGUGAAGCGUUCUCGGCUCACGUGCGAGCCCGUGCCGCCGGAGGCGCGCGCGAAGCUCCAGAACAUGGCGCCGCCGAACCUCCAGAACGUGACGGGCGCCGACGGCCGCACCUUCUGCGUCCGCUGCUACGUCUGGCGGCCCCGGGAGCCGCCGGCCUACGACGGCGACCGCUUCCACGCGCACGCGAACGCGCACCACUGCAGCACGUGCCAGCGCUGCGUGACGGACUUCGACCACCACUGCGGCGUCUUCGGCCGCUGCAUCGCGGGCAAGGGGCUCCGCGGCAACUUCAAGUACUUUGCGACGAUCAUCGCGACGGGCUACGCCGGCGCGGGCACGGCGACCGCGUCGCUCAUGCUCGGCGUGCUCAAGUGCGCCGAGGGCAACUGGUGGGGGUCCUGGUCCAACGUCAUCCUGCUGACCUUCGCGGGCUACGUGGGCGUCGCGGCCGUGGGCUGGUUCGUCGUCGCGACGUGCCAGUGCGUCGGCGCGCUGUUCGACUACGCGUGGGACGGGCGGCGGAAGCUGACGGAGGUGCGGGGGAGAGGGGUGGUGCGGGCCUAA